CCUCGAGUAUGUUUUAAAAAGCAGCUGCAAAUGAUCUUCAAUUUAUAAUCCACUUCAAAAUUUUCAUUUCUAAAUUCUAAUUAUCUGUGGAAUCCAGCCUCUAGGCUCCGUUUUUUCAACGCAAACAGAAUUUCUUAAAAAAUCUCAAACAAACAAUAAAAGGAAAAAGAGGAGAGAAAAACAUUCACAGCUGUUUCAUAGACCAAUGUCUCACUCGUUUCACUCCACUUUCUCUCUCCAAACAAGUAUAGAAUAAAGUGCUGGAUAUAAAGACAAAGGAAUAGGCAAAAGGCCAUUGCUUUCUGUUUCUGCUUCUGCUUCUGCUUCUGCUGCCCAAAAAAAAGGAGAGAGAAGUAGAGUGUGUUUGCUUAGUUGCUCAAAGAGCAACUCUUUCUCUCAAAAAAAUAAAAAUAUAAAAAAAAGAAAGAAAUGUUGCUCAGACAACCCUCAUUUUUUACAUUGUUCUGUAUUUUCUGGGUUUUUCUGCUCCCAAAUUUAUUACUUGUGAAUGGAAGUGUAGGAUAUGAUCACAAAGCCAUCACCAUCAAUGGGCAAAGAAGGAUUCUUAUUUCUGGGUCUAUUCAUUAUCCCAGGAGUACUCCUGAGAUGUGGCCAGAUCUUAUUCAGAAGGCUAAAGAAGGUGGUUUGGAUGUAAUUCAAACCUAUGUUUUCUGGAAUGGGCAUGAACCUCAACAAGGAAAAUACUACUUUGAAGAAAGGUAUGACCUUGUGAAAUUCAUCAAGUUGGUUCAACAAGCUGGUCUUUAUGCUCAUUUGAGGAUUGGACCUUAUGUUUGUGCUGAGUGGAAUUUUGGGGGUUUUCCUGUUUGGCUGAAGUAUGUUCCAGGCAUCAGCUUCAGAACAGAUAAUGGGCCUUUCAAGGCUGCAAUGCAAAGAUUUACAGAGAAGAUUGUUAACAUGAUGAAAGCUGAAAAAUUAUAUGAGACUCAAGGUGGUCCAAUUAUUCUGUCCCAGAUUGAAAAUGAAUAUGGGCCAAUGGAGUAUGAACUUGGUGCUCCUGGUAAAACGUACACUCAUUGGGCAGCCAACAUGGCUUUGGGGUUAAGAACUGGAGUCCCAUGGGUCAUGUGCAAGCAGGAUGAUGCUCCAGACCCAGUUAUUAACACUUGCAAUGGUUUCUACUGUGAUUAUUUCUCCCCCAAUAAGGCUUAUAAACCAAAAAUGUGGACAGAGGCCUGGACUGGAUGGUAUACUGAAUUUGGGGGUCCAGUUCCAACUAGACCAGCUGAAGACUUGGCAUUCGGUAUUGCUAGAUUCAUACAAAAAGGGGGAUCUUAUGUUAAUUAUUAUAUGUAUCAUGGUGGUACCAACUUUGACAGAACUGCUGGUGGUCCUUUCAUUGCCACUAGCUACGACUAUGAUGCUCCUUUGGAUGAAUUUGGACUAUUAAAGCAACCAAAAUGGGGUCACUUGAAGGAUUUGCAUAGAGCUCUCAAACUUUGCGAGCCAGCUUUAGUUUCCACUGAUCCAACAGUUGUUCGGUUGGGAAGUAGUCAAGAGGCUCAUGUUUUUAAGUCAGAAUCUGGAGCUUGUGCUGCAUUCCUUGCCAAUUAUAAUCCAAGUUCUUAUGCCAAGGUAGCUUAUGGGAAUAAUCACUACAAUUUACCCCCCUGGUCAAUUAGCAUUCUUCCUGAUUGCAAGAACACUGUCUACAACACUGCAAGGGUUGGUGCUCAGAGUGCACAAAUGAAGUUCACCCCUGUUUAUAAUCACUUCUCUUGGCAAUCAUACAACGAAGAGACAGCUUCAACUGAUGACAGUGCGUUUACAGUUUUGGGAUUAUUGGAACAAGUAAAUACCACUAGAGAUAUGACUGACUACUUGUGGUACAUGACUGAUGUCAAGAUUGAUUCUAAUGAGGGAUUCUUGAAGGGAGGAAAGGAGCCAGUUCUUAAUGUAAUGUCAGCUGGCCAUGCUUUGCAUGUUUACAUUAAUGGUCAACUAGUCGGUACUGCGUAUGGAAGUCUUGAAAAUCCAAAGAUAUCAUUUGGUGAAGGUGUGAAUAUGAGAGCUGGAAUAAACAAGAUCUCACUUCUGAGCAUUGCUGUUGGGCUACCGAAUGUAGGCCCUAACUUUGAGCGGUGGAAUGCUGGGAUUCUUGGUCCUAUUUCGUUAAGUGGUCUGAAUGAGGGGAGGAGAGACUUGACCUGGCAGAAAUGGUCAUACAAGAUUGGAAUGAAAGGAGAAACCUUGAGUCUUCAUUCACUCAGUGGUGUCUCCAAUGUUGAGUGGGUUGAGGGAAAAUUUCUUGCACAGCGGCAACCACUUACAUGGUAUAAGACGACUUUCAAUGCUCCUUCUGGUAAUGAACCCCUCGCUUUAGAUAUGGGUGCCAUGGGCAAGGGUCAAGUAUGGAUUAACGGACAGAACAUUGGACGAUAUUGGCCUGCUUAUACAGCAAAAGGUUCAUGCAGCGACUGUAGCUAUGCGGGGUAUUUUUCUGAGAAGAAAUGCUUAACUUACUGUGGAGAUGCUUCCCAGAGAUGGUAUCAUGUUCCUCGAUCCUGGCUGAAGCCAAGAGGAAAUUUGAUGGUUGUAUUUGAAGAAAUGAGUGGAGCACCAAACUUUAUUUCUUUAAUGAAAAAAGAAAUAAGCAGUAUUUGUGCUGACAUUAAUGAGUGGCAACCAACCCUAGUGAACUGGCAUUUGAAGUCUUCUGGGAGAAUUGACAAACCAUUGCGGCCAAAGGCCCACCUAUGGUGUGCACCUGGCCAAAAGAUUUCAUCUAUUAAGUUUGCCAGUUUUGGGACUCCUGAAGGAUCUUGUGGAAACUACAAACAAGGAAACUGUCAUGCCCACAACUCAUAUGAUAUAUUCCAAAAGGAUUGUGUUGGUCAGCCAGGUUGUGCUAUAACAGUUGAACCUAGGUUAUUUGGUGGAGAUCCGUGUCCAAAUGUUAUGAAAAAACUAGCAGUUGAGGCCAUUUGCAGCUGAGGAGCCUCACUAGUCACCUAUCAUCGCCUUGAUUGCAUGAGCCGAAGGCUAUCAAUUUCUCCAAAUCUUUCGAUAUAAAAGUUCUGAUUCAGCAAAUUUCUUUUUAACUAUCAGUCCUCUAUAUCAUCUCCGUUUUGGCUUUAGACUCGGUGAAGUUGUACAAACUUUACAACACACUUUAAGUCCAAAGCCUGUACAUAAACUAGAUGGCGUCUCCAUUUUGUGCAAAAAUUUGAGCACAAAGGUGCACAAGUUGAAUCCACUCCGGUAAGUUGAGGGGAGGGGUUCUAGCACAUUGAGAUGAUAAAGGAGUCCAUGUGCUAUCCUAUAUACAUAAUUUGUGUUUCCCCCAAUAUAGUUGAGGCAAUUUCCGUUGCUUCUGUUUGUUGUACGAGUAGUACUGGCAAAAGUAUUGAGUCAUUAUUAUGCAGACUUGUGUAUUGGAUGUUCAUCUCUCUUGAAUAUUGAUGAAGAGGUAAUGAUAUGGUAACUACGUACUCGUUGCUAAUAGGCCCA